UUCGUUGUUCGUCACAGCAGACGCGUCUACACAGUACCUACCACUAGUUACCACUACAAUAACACUAUAGUUAUUAUCUGCUUCCGAGACGGCUAAACGACGCUCAUAACUCAUUAAUUCAUUAGUCAUUCUUCAGCGCGCGUCGGCCGAAUGGUGUCCAUGUUGUUUUAUGUUUUGGUUUGGUAAACGAUUGCGACUGUUUUUUUUUUUUUUUUCUAUUAUUAAUAAAAUUUGUUCUCGUCCGUUUGGCGUUUGAUCGAUUAACGUUGUAAAAUCACUGUAUUUAUUCCCUGCACUUCGUCCCGCCCGUGCGCGGAAAAAUAACCGCCAUUUUCCGAGAUGAAGAAUGUUUACAGCGUUCUCGUUGUGCUAUGCAUCAACCUCGCUUUUUCUCAGAGGACACCCACAAUAUCUCAUAUAACUCAAAAACCAAUAAAAGAUAUUGGUGGUACAGCGGAAAUGACAUGUUCAGUGUUAUAUGCCAUGGAUUUUCCUGUUUUAUGGGUUAAGGUUGAUAAGGAAAAAAUAACUGAACCAGUUAUGCUUUCAUCUGGAAGUACACUGAUUAUUAAGGAUUCGAGAUUUUCUUUGAGACAAGACAUUGACAGCACUAGUUACACACUACAGAUUAAGGAUAUUCAAGAAACUGAUGCUGGUUAUUAUCGUUGUCAAGUGUUGCUUGGGUUGAACAACAAAAUAUCAGCUGAUGUUGAGUUAGAAGUGCGUAGACCUCCUAUCAUUUCUGACAACUCAACUAGAUCAUUGGUUGUAAACGAAGGUCAACCGGUGAAACUUGAAUGCUAUGCUGGUGGAUUCCCUAGUCCAAGAGUUUCUUGGAGACGAGAAAAUAAUGCUAUUUUACCUACAGGUGGAUCAAUUUAUAGAGGCAACAUUUUGAAAAUCCCAGUCAUAACAAAAGAAGAUCGUGGAACCUAUUAUUGCGUAGCUGAAAAUGGUGUUGGAAAAGGCGCCAGACGUAAUAUUGCCAUAGAGGUAGAAUUCGCCCCAGUUAUAACUGUUCCUAAACCUCGUUUGGGACAAGCUCUACAAUAUGACAUGGAUCUCGAAUGUCAUGUUGAAGCCUAUCCUCCACCAGCCAUUAUUUGGAUAAAUAAUGGAAUACAACUAUCUAACAAUCAGCAUUAUAGAAUCUCGCAUUUUGCUACCGCAGAUGAAUUCACAGACACUACAAUACGUAUCAUAACAAUUGAAAAACGUCAAUAUGGUGAUUACAUUUGCAAAGCAUCAAAUGUAUUAGGAACCGCUGAAGUUACAGUUAAUCUUUAUGAAACAAUAAUACCAGUGUGUCCACCAGCUUGUGGCCAACCAUCUUCACACUUAAGAAGCUCCAGUAUCAAAACUGCUACUGUUAAUGUUUCUUUCUUGAUCGCUACAUACUUAUACUUUGUUCAUUUAUAUUUUUAAAUAAGUUGUUCAUCAAUGCAGUGGCAUAACCAAGAGGAAUUAAAAGCUAUACAUAAAGUGCCUAUAUUAUCACAUUUGUUUGAUAACCCCAUUCUUGACUUAUCUUGGGCUAUGUCACUGUAUGAAUGUAUUACCUAAGCAUCACAACUGCUAGUGCUUAUUUUUUAUACUUGAUUACUGCGUACAUAUAUACCUAGAUUUAAAAAUAAUUAUUCCGUCCAAGAACAAAUUAUUAACGUGUAAACACCAUUAUUAUUGCUUAAUUAUUAUCACAUUCCUAUAAUUUUGUUCACUUUUAUUUUUAGAAUAUUUAACGGUC